AUGUCGACUAUCUUCAAGCAAGCAGGAAUCAAGGUGUAUCACUUCGCUCCUAAGAAACUCCAUCGCUCUCUCCAAUCACACAAGGACAAGAAGGACCCCUCCACUCGUGCCAGAGUCUACCGCAUUCCAUGCGAAUGUGGUAAGGUUUACGUCGUGGAAACCGGACGUAACCUUCCAACUAGACUAAAGGAACACCGAGCACACAGAAGGAGGGGAGACUUUGAUAAAUCCGCCAUCGUCAAGCAUUCCCACAUCACUGACAACCAGGUUGACUGGGAAGCAGCAGAAAUCAUCGCUCCAAUCCAGGCGUGGCAACCAAGGCGCAUCAGAGAGGCCAUCGAGAUCCACAAGCAUGACACCGUACCCCAAGACAUCGGCGUCCACAUCAGCGACAUCUGGCUCCCCCUCCUCCCGACCAAAGGAUCUUCGAUAUCCACGGUCACCCCCUAG